AUGUUGAAAGAAAGGAAGCACGCCUUGCCGGUUUUGAUACAAGAGCAUCAAGAGAAGUUGGCCAAGAAGAUGGUUGCUAGCAAAAUGGGGAUGAAAAGCUGGAAAAAUGGUGUAGGACCCAAUAUUGAAUCAAAGUUGUCGGAACAAAUAGCAAGAGGUGCGUAUAUGGAGGCAACAUAUUAUGGUGAUGACCAUAUUUCGGUGCAGACAAUACGUGAGGGACGCAUCAUCUAUGUUGCUGUUGAUCUGAUUUCUCACAGAUGCACAUGUUUGGCAUGGCAAAUGAGUGGAAUACCUUGUCCACAUGCUUGUGCGGCAAUCAAACUAGUUCACCGUAGUGUGUAUGAUUAUGUAGAUGAUUGUUACAAAUUGUCCACACAGGAGAAAAUAUAUGCAAAUAGCAUGAGGCCAAUUGCAACACAUGAUUGCCCACAGCCUGAUACACCUACUGUGAGUCAUAUGCUAACCCAAACAUUCUUGCAUCCACCGAUAACCAAAAGGCCUCCAGGAAGGCCAAGGAUUAAUAGGAUAGAAUCUCAGUUCCAAAAUAAGAAGGUUUAUCAUCGUGGAAGAUGCAAAGAGCCUAGACACACUGCCAAGACAUGCAAGAACCCAAAUCCCAGCUGA